GAGGGCAGUAGAUCAAAACAAAAAUUUGCUGCGCAGUGAGGAAAACGGCCAACGGCGGCUGAAGAACUUUUCAGCACUAGAAUUCUCAAUACCAUGAAUAAGUCUCAGGUGCAUUUCACCUAUUCUCUCCUGGCUGGUGCAACAUUUUAAGUUAUGAUGCAAGAGAUGUUUCCCCAGUUUGAGGAGGGCACUCGUGUCAAUGGUUUGGGGCAGCUCUGGACACUGGGGAGGGUUUUAGGCAUGGGACGGUGUGCCAAGGUAUACCACAUGUCAACCGACCAGGAGAGCUUUCAGGCAGCAGUUAAGGUGUAUCGUAAGGAGGAGAAAUAUCGGCUGGCUUUUAUCAAAGAGAUGUGUAACCUCAAUGCGGUCUAUGGAGACAGACGAGUCAUUACAGUUUAUGGCACUUUUACGCACAAAGGACACCCUUGUCUGGCAAUGGAAUUGCUGGACUUUAAUCUCAAGGAAUUCAUCUACCGCAGUGAAAACUGUCAAGUUUUUCUCUCCAGUAUCCCUACAAACAGCAUCCAUUCCAAAAAACACUCCAAGGCUGUAAGCAACAUUGCAUGCAACAAUAACAACAAUGAAACAACUAGCAGUACUGUAAACCACAGGGACAAUAAGAAAAGAAAAGGACAAAGUAACAUAGAGACAGUGACUACCGCUUCAAGUGGUAGGAGUCGUGGAAGAGUAAAGUUGACAGGUCACACUGUGGGAGAUGCCAGGGAUGAACAUCGGAUGCAAACGAGAAGAGCAACAGCCCAACGAGCUGCAGAUUUGAGGAGCAAGAAUAAAGAUAGUGAUCUUGAUAGCAGCACCACUAACAUCCCAAAUACGGGUCAAACUAGCAGGACUCACUCAGGGAGUUUGAAACACAUCAAGAGAGACCUUGCUGAAGACAAUGAUGAUGGGGACAAUGAAGAGGGUGAUGACGUGGAUGAUCACUCAGAAGAUGAUGAGGGAAGGAGUGAGGAGCUUGACCAAGAAGAAGAAGAUGAGGAUGAGGAUGAAGAUGCUUCCAGUUAUGGUCUAUCACUUUACUUAAUUCAGCAGCUGUUGAAAGAUAUAGCAUCAUGUUUGGAGUUUGUUCAGAGGUGUGGCUGGGUUCAUGGUGACCUCAAACCAGCCAAUAUCCUCUGGAGCUCUCAGGAAGGUAGCUGGAAGAUUGUUGACUUUGGACACAGCUUUCAAGAAGGACGCCAAGAUUUCAGCCAAAUCCAGAGCCUAUGUUACCAGUCCCCAGAAGCUAAGGUGUGGAAUAGUUUCGUGAGUAGCCUUGGCAACCAGAAGGUGGUCCACAAGAUGAGUGCUGUUGAUGAAGGGAUCUCUGAGUGCACUCAUGCAGCAGAUAUUUGGAGUGUUGGCUGUGUGAUUGUAAGGGCCUACACCGGGAUGAAGCUUUACGGCCAGGAUGAUGUCCUUCCUGGUGCCUGCUUGCAAUGUCAGAAAUCUUGUUCCUCCACUGUAUGUGUAUGUGAGCCACUGAUAGAAGCCCUUUUCAAACCAAAGAUGACCAAUCCCAAACUCUCUUCUAUCCAUCAAGCAGCUGUACAUCACCUAGUAGAUCUUGUUAAGAGCAUGUUACAGUGUGACAUCACCAAGCGUCCCUCGGCAUCUGAGAUCUUAAACCACCCCUUCUUCUCUAAUGAACUGACCCCAAGUGCCAAAGACCUUUUGCUUCUACCAAUGAGAACCCUUCGCCUAUCCAACCUUGCCUCUCCCUCUGUGGAUCUGACCAAUCAGAAAAUUUUUCAAGCUUUAUAUCAGGAUAUCAAACGUGAGUGCCUCAAAUUUGGACCAAUCAAAACGUUGAUCAUUCCUAGAGUAGGACCUGUAAAAGGAACAGCCUUCAUUGAGUACGAGGAUUCAGCCAACGCAAAAUCUGCGCUUAACGCCCUCAUUGGUCAGAAGCUGUUCAACCAACCUGUACACAUCUCUUUCUUUCCUGUGGCAGACUUCACUGCUAAACGAUUCUACUGAACCAUCAUCAGUGGUAGGUCUGCCUAGAAUUCCAAGGAUGUGAAUUCUAAUCUUAUUGAAGAAAUUGAAAUGACAGGCCUCCCUGGCAGCUGUUAUCUACAUGAUCACCAUUAUUUUGUCUUUUACUUUUACUACAUUUUCAGUUUUAUUGAAUCGUCAGGGACUAUCUUGAUUCUUUACACAGGUUGACAAACAAGUUGGAGUUGUGGAUUUCAACACGGAGACCUCGUCAUGAUUCAACCCUUUUCACUUUUUAA